UAGCAUUCCUUGAGUUGCUUGAUUUGGAGAUAAGUUUUGAAACAUCUGUUCUAAGAUACCUUUGUACACAGAUUCCUAUUGCAUUUGUUUUUUCUCCCAUGGUGUUUUGCAUUUAAAUCUUGGUCAUUUUUCCAGGGCAAAAUUUCUGCAUGGCACAUAUUGAGGAAUUAUGUACAAAGCCUGCUUCUAUUUCUCAUGAGCAAAUUCAGAACAUUGUUUUAUUUCUCUCUCAGUCCGAGGGCUUGGCAAAGCAUGUGGAUUCUUUUACAAAGAUGUUGUCCUUGUUACAACUCAAAGAGAGGACUCAUUUUGUACUAGCCCCAAUACUGGUGGAUGAUUCAUCUGAUGUAAACUCAUUGAGUUACUUUUUAAGGAAGGGUUAGGAUUAUCCAAUUGAAGAUAUUGGAUCAUGUUUCAUCCACUGUGUGAUCAUCUUCCUGUUACCACUUGCUUCUGCUGCAUCAUCUUCCUCCAAAGCUGGGUCCUAUGCAGUUGCUUUACUCCAAGCUUCAUGAUAAGUAUACAGAGCUUAAGGAAUGUGGUAGCAAAAGGAAUUCAAGCUAGUAAUUUGUAUUUGGCCAAGGCAUGGUUUCAAAGUUCUCAGCCAAUGACAAGGAGCCAGUCAUCUGAACUAAGAUAUCACAAUGAUAUUGAUGUUCCUAUCUUAUUGCAAAGUAGCAAUGAAAAUGCUUUCAGACAACCGAACAAGCUGUAGUUGUUCAUCAGCCAAGCAAAAGUCAUACCCAAAUCUUGCGUUGUGACUUUGUAUUAUUUGUGAAACCUAAUGUUGUGUAACAGUUUGAUUGAGUCUGUUUUGAAAACUUUAAAUAGACUGUUGUUAAUUGUUUUGUUGGUA